AUGGACGAGGAAAUGUUGAGAUCUGCAGCAUGUAAAGUUUCCCUGUUUGUAAUAUUCCUGUGUGUGACUCCGUGUAGAUCUGGCUCCCAGAGCUCACCUCCAGCCUGUCAUCUGGAGAGCAGAAGAUGUAUCGAGGACUACGAAUAUGUUCAAGACGGAGACAUUAUUAUUGGAGGAGUGUUCAGAACAGUAAAAAGUGUCCUUCAGAUUUUAUCUGGACCAGGAAAGACCGUCCCUAAUUACUCCUGUACUAAACGAGGGACCCUGGCUGGUUUUAUUGGGGAUGAACUUUCCGACACCACUAUACCCAUGGCACAAAUCCUAGGCAUGUAUGGGUACGCACAGAUCAGUUAUGGCGCAACGCAUUCCGUGCUCAGCGACAGACGAGUUUAUCCGACGUUUUUCCGAACAGUUCAAAAUGACCAUGUCAGUUAUUAUAUUUUAUCCAAGCUGCUGAAACACUUUGGCUGGAACUGGGUCGGCAUUUUAACCACAGAUGAUGAAAGUGGAGAAAACGAAAGCCAAGUACUGACAAAGUAUAUGAAAGACGAUGGAAUUUGUGCUGAAUAUGUAAUAAAAAUACAUUAUUUUCAAAGCAUGUUUGAAAGUUUUGAAUACGCUUCCAAAACAAUAGAAAGAUCAACAUCUCAAGUUAUCAUAUUUUGUGGUUCCUUUUCUGAAGCUUUUAUGUUUAUUAUUAGGGAAACAAAACAUUUGUUAACCAAUAAAUCUGUAAUUCUUGGCACAAGGUGGUCUUCAAACACAUUUCUGUUCAAGUCUGUCUCUGAUGUAUUUAACGGGAGUCUGACUCUGAAACCGUAUUACAAGGACCAUGUUCCAAAACUUUCAUUCUUCCUUGAGAAAUUUCACCCAAAGAACUACCCAGAUGACAAGUUACUGGAAGAUUUGUGGGUAACAGCGUUUGAAUGCUUGUCUCCAGAUCCCUAUAAAAACCAGUAUUAUGAAAUUAAUUUGGGGUACUCGCUUCAUAACUGUACUGGGAGAGAACGAUUGAAAGACAUUGUUAACGUUAUCAACAACGGGGAUGCUUCUCGAGUGAAUAAUGCAGUGCUUGUGAUGGCUAAAGCCCUACACAAUAUGUACAUAUUUCAGGAAAAAAAUGGAAAUAAAAUCAAAAUAACUAAUUACAAACAUCAGUUGCACCAUUACAUAAGAAAUCUGAAAGCCGAGGACCAAACCUCUCAUCUAGAUUUUGAUGAAAAUGGAGAGUAUGUUACCCCACACGUAAUUCGGAACUGGGUUGGAAAUAAGGAAGAAGAUAAAUCCUUUGAUGUGGUCGGUAUCUUUGAUCCGUGGGCUCCGGCUGAUCAGCAACUUAACAUCAAACCCGGUCUAAUAACCUGGAAGAACGAAGCCAACCAGGGUCCAAAAGUAAAUGGACAAUUGACUCAAAAGCUGCUUCAUGGACAGGUGCGGGCCAUUCCUUUGAUUCCAAAAUCUCAGUGCUCAGAAAAUUGUUUGCCGGGUUACAGGAAAGCCCCGGGGUCUGAGAUCCAUUCCUGCUGCUAUGACUGCGUCCUGUGCUCAGAGGGAGAAAUCUCCAAUAUGACCGACAGCGAGAACUGCAUAAAAUGCGCACAUAAUGAAUGGCCCAAUGAGAAGAAGGAUCUGUGUGUUCCCAAAAUGGAAGAGUUUUUGUCCUAUGAUGAUGCUGUUGCUAUAGCAUUUACAUCAAUCUCAAUUUUAUUUUGUCUUCUAACUGUUACAGUAUCAGGGAUUUUUGUUUCAUAUAAAAAUACCCCAAUUGUAAAAGCCAAUAACUGGAGCCUCAGCCUGAUCCUCCUGGUCUCCAUCAUGAUGAGCUUCCUUUGUGUCUUUCUGUUCUUUGGUCGUCCUUUGGAUAUAACCUGCAUACUGCGCCAAACUGUCUUUGGAGUUGCCUUCUCAUCAGCCGUGUCUUCUGUGCUGGCCAAGACUAUCAUGAUUUUUGUCGCUUUUAAAGCCACUAAACCUGGCAGUGUCUGGAGAAAAUGUCUCGGAAUCAAACUGUCUGCUUCUGUUGUCUUGUUUGGCUCAUCUGUCCAAGUCAUAAUUAUUAUUUUUUGGUUGUCCAUUUCCCCCCCAUUCCAGGAGCUGGACAUGCACUCUUAUCAGGGAAAGAUCAUCAUUCAGUGUAAUGAGGGCUCGGUUAUUGCCUUCUACUGUGUCCUGGGUUAUUUGGGGCUUCUGGCAGCUGUUAGUUUUAUUAUAGCUUUUUUAGCCAGGACAUUACCGGACAGUUUUAAUGAGGCCAAGUACAUCACCUUCAGCAUGCUGGUGUUCUGCAGCGUUUGGAUUGCGAUGAUCCCGGCCUACCUGAGCACCAAAGGGAAGAACAUGGUGGCCGUGGAGAUUUUUGCCAUACUGGCUUCAAGUGCUGGACUUUUAGGAUGUAUAUUUAUUCCAAAAUGUUAUAUAAUUAUAUUUAGACCCGAAAAUAACUCAAAAACACAAUUGUUUUGUAGCAGAAAUAACAAUCUGUAG